AUGAAGCAACACACAGAGAAGAGAGAGAUGGCUGAUGCAUCCUCCAAGAAGAAACCCAUGGGUUUGAAUCAGCUUCACAAUCGCUUCCUCACCCCUUCUCAUUCCAAAGCUUCUCCUUACGAUUUCCUAUCUGAAAUGAAGAAUCGUGAGCGGCAGGAGGAAUUCGAUGCCCCUUCUUUUAAUAUCACCGACUUCGAUUCUCCUUCUGACACCCCACCAAAGGUCAUGAACGAUGAUGAAAAUUCGUAUGUGGAACAAGCGGAUGAUGGUAAAAAUAGCGCCUUCCAUGAUGAAUCCCUUAACCCUAAACUUGACAUCACAGGGUCUGGUUCGUCUUCUUCUGCUGUUUCAAGUGGGGCAGAGAAAAUAUCUAUAAAUGAAGAUGAAUUCCCAACUUCCAAACAAUGUGAAAAUAAUGUCUCUCUUGAUGAACCUGAUAGUUCCCUUGUGGAUGACCUUACUUCUGAACAUGAUUCAGGAAAACAUCAAAAAGUUAAAAUCCAAGGACGUAGGAGGCUCUGCAAAGUUGUGGUGAAAGAUGAUGAAGAAGAAGAUGAGAAAUAUCAUGAUGUUGAAUCAGACUUUUCAGCUGCACUUUCUGAAUUUGAUUCACCUGUUCCUGUAAAGAACACUGAAAACAAACAUGAUAGUGGUGAUGAAAUUAGAGAUAUUUUAAGCAAUCUAAGCUCAAGGUUUGAGAUUCUAUCAAUUGAAAAAGGAAGACGCCCCACUAAACACCUUCAAAGCUCCUCUAGUUUUGUAAAAAAUGAAAAAAUUAAUCAACAGAAGCCUGCUGAAAUCUCUAGUGCCACUUCAAAUGAUAUUAGUAAAAAAACUAACUUUCCACCAUCUAUCAGAAAAGAUUAUCACAUUGGCAUACAUGUAAAAAAUGAGAAAUAUGAGGACAUUGAUGAUGAUGAUGAUGAUGAUGAUGAUGAUUGUGUGGUUACAAGUGGGCAGAAGUUUGUUCAAAAGGUGGAAAGUAAGCAUGAGAAGGUGUAUACAUUGAAUGAUGACACAAAUGAUACUAUUUCAGGAGUUGAAGGGGCGUUUUCUCUUAGUAACCCUAAAUUCAAUUUUUCAUUACCUAGUAAGAUUGCAACCAUGCUAUACCCUCAUCAACGUGAAGGUUUGAAGUGGCUUUGGUCCCUACAUUGUAAGGGCAAAGGUGGUAUUUUGGGAGAUGACAUGGGCCUUGGGAAAACCAUGCAGAUUUGUGGCUUUUUGGCUGGACUUUUUCAUUCAAAUUUGAUAAAAAGGGUAUUGGUUGUUGCUCCUAAAACACUAUUACCUCAUUGGAUGAAAGAAUUAGGGGUGGUUGGUCUUUCGCGAAAAACAAGAGAAUUCUUUGGUGCUUGUUCAAAAGCUCGACAAUAUGAGCUCCAGUAUAUACUCCAGGAUAAGGGUGUUCUUCUUACAACUUAUGAUAUUGUUCGCAAUAAUGUUAAAUCUUUAUCUGGUGAUUAUGAUGAAAUGGAGGAGGAUGCUGUUACUUGGGACUACAUGGUUCUUGAUGAGGGGCAUCUCAUAAAGAAUCCUAGCACACAAAGGGCAAAAAGUUUACUUGCAAUACCAUGUGGUCAUCGUAUAAUAAUAAGUGGCACUCCACUUCAAAAUAACCUAAAAGAACUUUGGGCUUUGUUUAACUUCUGUUGUCCAGAGCUUUUGGGAGAUAAGAAAUGUUUUAAGGAAAAAUAUGAGUCAGCAAUCCUACGUGGAAAUGACAAAAAUGCAUCUGAUCGAGAUAAGCGCAUUGGUUCAGCUGUUGCACAGGAUUUAAGAAAUUGCAUUCAGCCCUAUUUUCUCAGGCGUUUAAAAAGUGAAGUUUUUCGUGAUGAUGAUGCUACAAAUACAGCCAAGCUUUCUAAAAAGAAUGAGAUUAUUGUUUGGUUAAGAUUAUCCAAAUGUCAGAGGCAACUAUACGAAGCCUUUUUGAACAGUGAGAUUGUUCUUUCAGCCUUUGAUGGUUCACCUUUGGCUGCUCUCACGAUAUUGAAAAAGAUAUGUGAUCAUCCAUUGUUAUUAACAAAAAGAGCUGCUGAAGAUCUUCUAGAAGGAAUGGAAACAGGGCUAAAUGAGGAAGAUCAAGGAAUUGCUGAAAAAUUGGCAAUGCAUAUAGCAGAUGCUGCAGAGGAAUAUGACAUUGGGGAAACUCAUGACAAACUUUCUUGCAAGAUCUUCUUUAUUAUGUCUUUACUGGAAAAACUGAUUCCAGAAGGACAUAAUGUUCUUAUCUUUUCACAGACUCGCAAAAUGCUUAAUCUAAUUCAGGAUACUCUUGAUGUGAGAGGCUACAAGUUUUUGAGGAUCGAUGGUACUACCAAAGCCAGUGACAGAUUAAAGAUUGUUGAUGAUUUUCAAGAAGGUAUUGGAGCUCCAAUAUUUCUUUUGACUUCUCAAGUUGGUGGUUUGGGACUCACCUUAACAAAAGCAGAUCGGGUCAUAGUAGUUGAUCCAGCUUGGAAUCCAAGUACUGAUAAUCAAAGUGUUGAUAGAGCAUAUCGAAUUGGACAAAAGAAAGAUGUAAUUGUAUAUCGGUUGAUGACUUGUGGAACAGUUGAAGAAAAGAUUUACAGAAAGCAGAUAUACAAAGGGGGUUUAUUCAGAAGUGCUACUGAACACAAAGAGCAAAUUCGAUAUUUCAGUCAACAAGAUCUUAGGGAGCUUUUCAGUAUACCAAAACAGGGUUUUGAUGUUUCUUUAACUCAACAACAGUUGCAUGAAGAGCAUGAUUGUGAACACAAAAUGGAUGCAUCUCUUAAAGAUCACACAAAGUUUUUGGAGUCUCUUGGUAUAGCUGGAAUUAGUAACCACAGUUUGCUUUUCUCAAAAACUGCUCCAGUCCCUGUUGUGCAAGAUGAAGAACUAACAAGGAUUAGGCAAUCAACUUAUGUGGGAAACUCAUCUUCUUACAACUCACGUGAACCAAACAUGGAUGCGGGAGCUCAAUUUGCUAUCAAUCCAAAGGAUGUUGUUGUGAAAAGGAAGAAUGUCUCCCCUUCUAUUUCCAACAAACUAACAGAAUCAGAAAUCAAAGACCAAAUCAAACGAUUAUCAAAUGUUUUUGCAAACAGGGCAAUGGUGGAAAGGUUAUCAGAUAAAGGGGAGAAGAUAAGGAAACAAAUUUCUGAGUUGAAUUCAGAGCUUGCAAAGCUUCGUGGUGAAACAGAAACCAUUGAUUUGGAUUUGGAUGAUGUUGUUGAUGAUUUCAAUAGGGUCAUGAAUGUUUAAAAAAUGAUUUUAAUGAAAUUGUUGCGAUAUUUUUGAAGUGUUGUCAUGAAUCAUUUUGUGUUUGAUUCAUGUUCCAGUGUACAAAAUGAGGUUAUGGUGUU